AUUAUUUUCCCUUUUCUUAUUUAUUGUUUAACUACGGAGACUCGAAAACUCAGUAGACGGAAACGACGUCUAGAAAAUGUCGUUCAAGAAGAAACUUCCGUUGCCCAUUCUCAGAAAACUGGAUCGAACCCCUUCACCUCCACCGCCACCGCCGCUCCCUCCUCUGCCAGACCCACCACCGUCUCCUCUCACCCCUCUCCCCACGCUUACUCUCACCCCCACCCCUCACCACUCCCUUUUCCUUCGCUUUCUCCAAACCCACCUGGCCACCAAGCCUCUUACCCCUGAAAAUCUCCUUCACUUCCUCAAAUCCAAGCUUCGCCACCACCCGCUCUUCUCUCACUAUGAUUUGCUUGUCUUCAAUUGGGCUUCUACCAUUGACUCCUUUCGCCAUGAUCACUCCACUUUUGAAUGGAUGGCACGCACUCUUGCCAUCACUAACCGACUCAACGAUGUCGCUUCGCUUCUUUCUUUUAUGGCUGCCAAUCCCUGUCCUUGCUCUGAAGGUAUAUUUUCUUGCCCGAGAAUUGAAUCCAUUUUUCAAUUUUCUGUUAAUGCUUAUUGUAAAGCAGGGAAAUUGAAUGAUGCAUUAAUUGCUUUUGAGACUAUGAAGAAAUUGAUUGAUGGGAGGCCUAAUGUAGCUGUCUAUAAUAUUCUGAUUAACGGAUAUGUGAAAUGUGGGUUGCAUGCUAAGGCUACGGAGUUUUAUAAUAGGAUGUUGAAAGAUAGAGUUAAGCCUGAUGUGUUCACUUUUAAUAUAUUGAUUGGUAGCUAUUGUAGGCAUAAGAAGUUUGAUUUGGCUUUGGAGUUGUUUAAGGAGAUGAAGGAGAAGGGUUGUAAGCCUAAUGUGAUUAGUUUUAAUACUUUGAUUAUGGGUUUCUUUAGAGAAGGGAAGUCUAAGGAAGGAGUUAAGAUGGCUUAUGAAAUGAUAGAUUUAGGGUUUGAGUUCUCAAGUGUGAGUUGUGAGAUUUUGGUUAAUGGGCUUUGUAGGGAAGAGAGACUCUUGGAGGCUUGUGAAUUGUUGAUUGAUUUCUCAAGAAAAGGGGUUUUGCCAAGAAGGUUUGAUUUUUGUAUACUUGUGGAGAAGCUUUGUGAGAAAAGACAUGCAGGUCUAGCUUUGGAGUUGUUGGCUGAGUUGUGGAGUAGUGGAAAUGUACCCUGCUUUAUUACUUGUGCGACUUUGAUAGAAGGUUUGAGGAAAUUGGGGAAAAUAGAAGAGGCAUUUAGAUUGAUGGAAAGGAUGUUGAAAGAGAGUAUUAUUUCUGAUAUUACGACCUUUAAUUGCCUCAUUCAAGAUCUUUGCUAUGUGGGAAGAACAGCUGAUGCUAACAAAUUGAGAUUAUUGGCCUCUAUCAAGGGUCUGGAACCAGAUGAGAUGACAUAUUACACUUUGGUUUCUGGGUAUACGAGAGAGGGAAAUAAGAAGGAAGGGGAAGAUCUGGUCGAUCAGAUGUUAGAUAAGGAAUUUAUACCUGAUCUUGCUACAUAUAAUAGGUUAAUGGAUGGACUCUCUAAGUCUGGAAGUCCUGGAAUGUAGCAUUUUGAUUGUGUUGAGGAGUAAAUGUGAAUACCUCUUCCUGUUGAUACUUCUACUUUGUGCCAUGAGUUUUGGCAGAACUAACUGGGUUCUCUCAACUGUGGAAUCUGUAGGAACAGACAUAUGUAUAUGGACUAUAGUAAAUCGAUGAGGUAAGGAAGAAACUAAAAGUGAAAGCAGAAGCUAAACAAAUUCGUGCAGAUUCCAGUUGCUCAUCAAUAAGAAUGCCAAGAGUUAUUGCUAGCAGCUGCAGAUUGAUAAAAAUGGAAGAGCUGCUUAAAGAAAUGGCUGAUGGUGCUGAAAUAGAGCCUGAUACGGUUUUAAAAUGCUGGGAACCAUAGGUGUAUAAAGGAUGAUGACAGUGUAAGGGUCAAAUGGGAAGAGAAGAUCUCUCUGAGGAUUAAAGCAUUUGCCUUGUUGCAUCAACCAAUGAGGAAGCAAAGAAAUCAAUCCAGAGAAAAAAGCAGAACAGGUUUAUUCUAAAUUAGCUACUUUCUCACUAUCUUGCAAAUAGUGUAAAGACUAGCUAAAAAACUAGGAGACGUGCUCCUUCUGCUUUGGAAUGAGUUAAAGAAAGGUCUACGGUGAAUGGAAUCAAAGAAUUUCUAAUUCUUUAGAUAUUGUGCUUUGCAUGGAAGAAAUGGAAGAAUAUCAGGAGAUCCGUCCAGUAUAUUCAAAAGUAAGGAUGCCCUGCUUCUCAGUCCAGGCAAGACGGGAGAAAGCAAGAGGAAAAACUGGAGCUGAGGCCUUCAAGUGUUUGGCUGGAGGUACCAAAUUCUUGUUGUGGAAGUAAGUGAUGAUUAUAACAUAUUGAAUGAGGUUGUUUUGCUUGACAUUCAGUUAAACCAUGAUUUUUAUAUAAUUGAUCUGUAUAUUAUGAAACUUUUUAGAGUAAAAUGCACAAUAUGAAACCUGAACUCUGAAUGUGAUGUUAUAUAAUAAUGAAAUGUAUAACCUCGUGAAUUCAGCUAUGGAA